AUGUCCCGCCCAGUCAAGGUCGCCGUCCUCGACGAUUACCAAGGCAUCUCCGAGCCCAAGUUCAAGGCCCUAGAUGCCUCCAAGUACGAUGUCUCUUUCUUCAAGGACACGCUGCCCCCAUACAACCACCCGAAUACGACCCAAUAUGCCAAAGACAAACUAGUCACCCGCCUCGAGCCCUUCACCGUAAUCUCCACCAUGCGCGAACGCACCCCCUUCCCCCGCGAUCUCAUCUCGCGCCUGCCCAACCUCCGGCUCCUCCUCACAACCGGCAACCGCAACCUAGCCCUAGACCUCGAGGCGCUACGGGCACGCGGGAUCCCCGUGGUCGGGACCGGCCACCGCGCGCCCGCUUCCGGCGGGCCGCCCCUCGCGGACAGCACGACGGAGCACUGCGUGGCGCUGGUGCUGGCCGCGGCGCGCAACCUGGCGCAGGACGACGCCGCGGUCAAGGCUGGCGCGUGGCAGACCGCCCCCGCCGUGAGCCUGCGCGGCAAGGUGUUUGGCGUCGCGGGACUGGGCCGUCUGGGCGCCGCCGUCGCGAGGAUCAUGAGUGUCGGGUUUGGCAUGCGUGUCGUCGCGUGGAGCGAGAACCUCACGCAGGCGCGCGCGGAUGAGAAGGCGAGGGAGGCGGGCUUGCCGGUGGAGGAUGCUGAGGGGCGGAAGACGUUCGCGGUCGUGGGAAAGGAGGAGUUGUUCCGGUCGGCGGAUGUUGUGAGCUUGCAUUUGGUGUUGUCGGAUCGCUCGCGGGGGAUUGUGGCCGCGGCGGAUUUGGAGCUGAUGAAGCCGACGGCUAUCUUGGUCAAUACGUCGAGAGGCCCGCUGGUGGUGGAGAAGGACUUGCUGGGUGUGCUGGAGAAGGGCGGGAUCCGGGCCGCGGCGCUGGAUGUGUUUGAUCUGGAGCCACUGCCCCUCGAUAGUCGGUGGAGGACGACAAAAUGGGGUCAGGAUGGGCGGAGCCGGGUGUUGCUGACGCCGCAUAUGGGAUAUGUCGAAGAGGCCACGCUGAAUUCGUGGUAUGACCAACAGGUUGAGACUCUCCAGCAGUGGGAGAAAGGCGAGGAGCUGGCACAGCGACUGUGCUAA